AUGCUCACGUCUCGCGUCCUCUCGUUUUCUUGCCUGUCCCUCGUGUUUUAUGCCAGGGCGGCAACAGUUACUUAUGAUUUUAAUGUAACAUGGGUGUGGGCAAAUCCUGAUGGAUUGUUUGGAAGGCCCGUCGCGGGCAUAAACAACAAGUGGCCAUGUCCAACAAUCGAGGCCUCCAAGGGCGACACGAUCGUCGUCAACGUCAACAACCAGCUGGGUAAUCAGACCACCGGACUUCAUUUCCACGGUGUCAGACAGAUUGGUACGCCGAUGAUGGACGGUCCCAGUAGCGUCAACCAGUGUCCGAUCGCGCCCGGCUCCUCGUUCAAGUACCAGUUCACGGUGAACGUGCCUGGUACCUAUUGGUGGCACUCGCACAACAUGGGGCAGUAUCCUGACGGUCUGCGCGGUCCUUUGAUCGUGCACGAUCCUGAUGACCCCUACAAAAGCGACUACGACGAGGAGCACAUUCUCACGUUCUCGGAUUGGUACCACAAUGACAGCACCACCGCGGUCCAGGACAUGCUCGUCCCUACCAACACAGUAUUCAAGCCUCCCAUCCCGGACAGCUUGAUUGUCAACGAAGGGCAGGGUUUGCAUCUCAACUUUACAAGCGGCAAGAAAUAUCGCAUUCGGAUGAUCAACUAUGCCGCCUUCGGAUCGGCCAUGAUCCACUUCAACUCGCACACCAUGAACAUCAUCAGCGCCGAUGCGAUCAACGUCAAGAAACAGGACGCUUACCAUCUCCGGCUUGCGCCUGCCCAGCGGUACGACGUCUUGAUCGCUGCGGCGGACGGGGACAACGCAAACUACCCCUUCCUUGUCUCUCUGGACCUCAAUCGCGAUUGGACCAACUCCUCGUCGACGCUGAACUGGAGUCACAAUUACACAGGCUAUCUCGUGAUGGACCCGUCCCAGCCGCUCGAUUUGCUUGAUGUCGUGGAUAAGUGGGAUCCGAUUGACGAGUUUCGUUCCCUCCAUCCCUACGACGGAGCUCCGGCCCUCGGCCCAUAUGACAAGCUGAUCCUGCUUGACUUCAAGUUCUGCCUCGACCAGAACGGAUACCCACGGUCGUGCUUUAACAACGUUACGUACAUUAAUCAGCUAGUGCCGACCCUCUACAGCGCCGCCACGACCGGUGAUCAAAACACGAAUCCGGUGGUGUACGGCCAGGUCAACCCGUUCAUUGUGAACUACAAUGAGACGGUGCAGCUGGUAAUGAACAACUUCGACAAUGCCAACCACCCGUUCCACCUCCACGGGCACCACUUCCAAGUGCUCGAUCGCCCCCCCAGCGGCACAGGCGCCUGGUCGGGUCGUGACACCAACUACACCAACACGCCUACCCUGCGCGACACCGUCACCGUCAUGCCCAACUCGUACACGGUGCUGCGCUUCAAGGCCGACAACCCGGGGGUGUGGCUCUUCCACUGCCACAUCGAGUGGCACGUCGAGAUGGGCCUAACCGCCACCAUCAUCGAGGCGCCCGACCGCCUGAGGAAUAUGACCUUCCCUCAGGAUCAUAUUGACACGUGCAAGAAGUUGGGAAUCCCGUACCAGGGGAACGCCGUGGGCAACACGCAAACCGUGACGGAUACAUCGGGCUACGCCACUGUGGCGCCUACAACUUAUACUGGGUUAGUUUUCUCCCUUGUUCUUCUUCUUCUUCUUCUCCAUCAUCAUUGCCUCCAUCGUCUUGGUCGUCCUCAUCUCCUCUUCCGACCUUCUUGUUACUUCAUUCCCCUCGUACUUUCAUAUUGUUACCCGCUCUUGGGCGGGAGCCAUAAGCUGACCUUGUUUGCAACUAGUGCCGAUUACACUCCCGUACCCCGACAGAACCGCGAUUUCAUCGGCCCGAGAAGAGGGCGGCGGGUAGUUCGAGGUUUUUGA